AUGGCCACGCCAUCAGCACUCAACCCGUCGGACCAGAUUUACUUCUGGCGUUUCCGUCGUAUGCUGCCCGGCAUGCAAGCUUGGAGGUUUCGUGAAUGGCCUCCGUUCGAGCUACUUGCCUGCCGCGUGGCCAGCCGAGAUGUCUUGCAUCAAGCCUAA